AGGUGAGAAGGGUCAGAGGUCACGGGAGCUGUAGAGAUUGUCGGGUGUAAGUGCGAGAGGUGAGGGGGUCGGUGGGCGUGGGAGCGAGAGGACCGAUGAGGGAUGGAAAGGAGGAGAGAGGCGAGUUGAGGGACGCAGAGGUUACAAUGACUGGGGAACAGAGGGAAAUGAACCGGCGACUGCAAUAUACCUCCUCAUCCUUAUCCUUUCCUCUCCAACUUCCCCCUCUCCUCACCGUCCCCUCCCUAUCCUACCCUGCUCCUAUCCAUCUACUUCUUCUCGUUAUCCUCACCCCUCCUCCCACCUUCACCCUCCCUCCCUCGCUCACCGCCCCAUCCUGAACCACCAAUGCCCCACGACCCUGCCCCCACUGCCAGGGUGAGUGUGAAGAUGCAUGCCGAGUGCGGGCUGAGGACAGUGACGGCCGACCAGCUGACGGAGAAACAUCCCCUGGGGGAGGGGGGCUUUGGCCGAGUGGUCCGGGCAUGGUACCGUCCCUGGGGCAUGGAGGUCGCCAUUAAGAUGCUUCACGGGGCAUCCCAGACGCUGGACAAGGACGCUCGCCGGGAAGCGGAGCUGAUGAGCAGCCUGCGGUUUCCGCAUGUUGUCUUUCUUGUGGGCCUCUACUGCCACCCCGAGGAGCCGCUGGGUAUCGUGAUGGAAUUCCUGCCCUUGGGCUCGCUGGCCUCCGUCCAGGAGCGGCUGAGCCUCCUGCCCGCCCUACGCGUCCGGCUCAUCCACGAGGUGGCGCUGGGGAUGAACUACCUCCACGGACUGGACACUCCUCUUCUCCACCUCGACCUCAACCCUCGCAAUGUCCUGCUGGACGGAGAGCUCCACGCCAAGAUUGCCGACUUUGGGCUCUCGAAACUGAAGCGGAGGUCCUCGGGCGACAGUUCCUGCUUGGUCGCUGGGACGCUGGAGUACCUUCCUCCUGAAUGCUUUGACCCUGGCAAGGAUCACUACAAACCUGGCCCCCCCACAGAUAUCUACAGCUUCGGGAUCAUCAUCUGGAGCAUCCUGACGGGGAAACAGCCCUACGGAGCACUGAACAACCAGACCCUGAUCAGGAUGCUGAUCCCAAAGGGGCAGAGACCGGAUCUCCACGACCUGCCAGCAGAGGACGAGCUGGAGGGGCUGGAAGUCCUGACGAAGCUCAUGGCGGAGUGCUGGAGCAACACACCGGAAAUACGGCCACCAUUCAAAGACAUCCUGGUGAUCACAGAGAAGGUUUUCCAAUUUCACCGUGGGACAAUUCUGGAUGCUGUCCAUCGCCUUCUGUCCAACCUUAAUUCCCAGCCCACCAGCAGGACCCUCUCUUCCAGGACCGCUGACUCCAUCGGAUCACUGCGCAGUGAGGACUCCCACUGGACGGACCCUCGGUCCCAGCCCCCGACAUCUCCGCAGACCGACACCGAGGCACGGGAAGGCGAGCAGAGGAGGGGCCUGCUUCCUCACCCACCAGCGGAGGGAGGAGCGACCGCCUGCCCAGUCAGAGAACAGGAAGAAAGAAUGUCAGCUCCUCUAAUAGCGGAUCAUGGGAGAAAACCGCCACCCACGGCUACCCCUGGGAUGAGGCAGGAGUGCAGUGAAGGCAGGCAGCAGGCCAGUGCUCAGAGGAAGCUCCCAGAAGAGCCGGGAUGCUCAGCAGGCACGUUCUCAACUGGAAUGACGGGAGAAGGGGUAGAACAGGGACAGCACUACAGAGAAAGAGGCAAGAUCACCAUGCUGGCUUCCAGGAUCGAAGGGCUGCAGAUCGGCAACAGGAACACAAUGCACAUCAUCCGGAGGUCCCCGAGGAAGUAGAUUUCCUGGAUUCCUUACCUCCCACCCAACCCCAGCCCCGCGUUCGCCACCGUGCCUUCUGGGGACGGGGCAGUGGGGAGAGCAGAUGUGGAAAGACCAGGGAACAGGCCAUCCAGCCCAGUGAGUUGGUGCUCAUCAUCACACUCCGAUGCCACGCCCCAGCACUUGGCCCACAUCCUACCAGACCUCGCCUUCAUCUGGAUAUGUCUCAAAUGCUGAGGGUGUCCCUGUCUCUGAUAUUGGGCAGUGAAGAAGGUGUGUGGUGCCCUUGCCUGUAUACGCCAGGGAAGAGGAGGGUUGGGGUGUUGCCCAAGUCGGGUGUAGCUCGUAGUCACCAGUCCGGUGAGGUACAUAUACAACGAAAACUUGCAGCAGCAUCACAGGCACGUUGGUUAGAAAUAACACACAGAACAUAAAUUAUAUAUUAAUUUUACCAGACAGCAAAGAAACAAACUGCAUAACAAGACCUUUGUGGGUGAAGAGAGAGAAAACAAGGAGAUAAGUCCCUGGUAAUGAAAGAGGCAGGUCUGUAAUGGUCUGUUGCUGAUGUAGCAUUAGGUUAGUGUGGGUUGGUUCAAGAACUGAAUGGUUGCAGGGAAGUUGCUGUCCCUGAACCCAGUUGCGUGGGACUUAACCUCCUGGUCGAUGGUAGCUGUGAGAAGAUGGCAUGGCCCUUAUGGUGGGGACUUUUGAUAAUUAGAUACAUCCUUCCUGAUUCUGUGUAGCUCUGGGUGCCACCUUACAGGUUGUGCUGGAAAGAGUGCAGAGGAGAUUUCCCCAGGUUGUUUCCUGGUUUGGAGAAAUUUAAUCAUGGAGAGAGAUCGGCAAGGACGGGAUUGUUUUCCCUGGAGUAAAGGAGGCUGAGGGAGACCUGGUAUAGACAGGGUAGAUAAUCAGAAAUCCUUUUCCCUGUAGGAGGGGUUACCAAAACCAAGUGGGGGAGGUGGGGGCUAUGGGGAGACGAAGGAUACUUAAGAGGGAUCUGAGGAAUAAGUGCAUUUCACUCCAGGGAGAGAUGGAUAUCUGGGAAUAGCUGCCAGAGGAGGAGGUGGAAGGAUUUACAAUCAAAUAGCAAUUAGCCAAUGACUCUGAUAGUGAGAUACGGUCCUAAUGCGGGAAAAUAGGAUUGGUGUAGGUGGGGGGGGGGGUAGAAAAGUCACCAUGAAUGCGGUGAGUUGAAAGCACUCUGUGUUGGCCUCAGAUCCCCAUCAAUACCUCCUCCCCCUUCCUUUCUGACGUGCCACCAUCUCGAGCGCAGACUGGGGAAUGGUGUUCAUAAGUCGGCACGAACUCGAUGGGCUAAGAGCCUGAUAAUGUGGAGCGCCUCUCCGUGAAUGUUGGGGGAGAUAACAAGGGGGCAGAAUGUUGGGGUAGGGCUGCUCCUGUUUGUUCUGCUGGGGAUUCCAAUCCCUUGAUUUAUAAAUGUUAAACUGGAAACAUACCUGCAGAUGCUGGAAAUCUGAAAUAAAUUUCUGGAAACUCAUGUCCAUUCAUUCGGCGUCUGUGGAGAGUCACAAGGGUCAUUCCUUCUUCCAAACAAACCUGGCGUUAGAUUUGAGGAAUGAGAUUGCCUCAGUAAGGAGGUGGGGCAAGAAGGGAUGAGGAUAUCAGGAUUACGCCUAGCAAAGAUAGCUGUCUAGAGGUCUUGAAAAUGGGUAGCAGUGGAUUCUGCCUGGGGACACUGGCUAGUGAUGUUCCAGGAGGAUACUCGUGCCUGGGUAACUGUGGAGACCAAACACACAAUGUCCCUGGACAGCUGGGCACCUUUAUGGGAUAAACAUCAUUAUUGACAGAGAUGGAAGUAUCUUAAUUUAAUUUAGUUCAUGUUAAUAAUUGUGUUAUUGUCUCUGUUGUAGUAUAGUAGAAUGUAAGUUGAAGUAAAGGAAUUUUUAUCAAGAUUAAGGACACAGAACAUGGUAGCCACUUGAUAGGCUUAUGUCCGCUGCAGAUCACAGCAUCUGCACUCUACCGACUACAGGGGCAGCUCACUCUUUCAGCAAACCCUGCCACAUCCCCCACCUCGCCCUACCGACUGGAUGAACAAGGGCAGCAGACGCAACAGCCACAGCACCCCUUGGAAGUUUCCCUACAAACCGUCGCGUCCAUCCUGAUUUGGAAGUACUUCCCCAUUACAUCACCGCGGCUGGGUCAGGCACCCAGAGCUCCCUCUCUUCGGAAGAAUGUGGGUUAUUGUGGGUGCUGCCCAUGCCUCGAGGACUGCAGCAGUUCAAGAAGCCAGUUGACUGCAUCUUCCUGAAGGGUGUAACUCUUGCUUCGGCUAGCAGCUUAAUAUAGGGGAUGAUAGCCCCGCCCUCUCCUUUGGCUGAACGCUGCGUGAUUUUUUUCUCUGUUACAAAUCAGUAUCUCAAAAUAACAAACAGUACACAAUAUGUGAUUAAACAAUUAAGCUUUAUAAUUCUUA